AUGGGAGUGGACAAAGUUGGAGACACUCAAAAUCGAUCAUUAUUAGUACUAUAUGCAUCUCAGACGGGUACAGCUUGUGAAGUAGCUGAGCGGAUCGGAAGAGAUGCUCGCCGAAGAUAUUUCUCAGUUAAAGUGACGUCUAUGGAUGAUUAUGAUGUAACUCAGUUGAUACAUCAGAAUUUGGUAAUCAUGGUAUGCGCGACGACAGGCCAAGGAGACGAACCUGACAAUAUGAAGCAAUUCUGGAGAUUCUUGCUCCGACGAAAUUUACCCACUACAUCCUUAUGUUCGUUAAAAUUCGCGCUUUUGGGCCUAGGAGACUCUUCUUAUCAAAAGUUUAAUUUUGUGGCCAAAAAACUAUAUAAAAGAUUAAUGCAACUAGGGGCAGUACCCUUAAUCCACCUAGGACAAGCAGACGAUCAACAUGAAUUAGGACCAGAUGCCGUCAUCGAUCCAUGGUUAAAAAAUAUGUGGGAAGUUAUCUUACAAAUAAGACCUCUUCCACAGGGUAAAGAAAUAAUCAAUGAAAAUGUUCUUAGUCCGUCACCAAAGUACGCUGUAGCCCUAUCGGAAGGAUAUAGGCAUUCGUUUGAAAAUUCAUCCUCAGAAGCGAAAAGAAACGAAACAACACCCUCAAAAAAUCAACCUUUCCUUGCGCCACUAACUAGCAACACUAGAGUCACUUCUGAAGACCAUUUUCAAGAUGUUCGUUUAAUUAAAUUUUCCAUCAAGGAUUCAAAAAUAAAGUAUUAUCCUGGAGACGUAGUUAUGAUUCAACCCUGUAACGCAGAUGAAAAUGUCAGUGAAUUCCUUAGCUAUAUGAACUUAGAUGGGAGUAAGGCGGCUAUUCUUCAACAAAAUGAUCCAGAUAUACCUCUACCGCAAUUGCCAGCAAAUCCUACCAUAAGAAAUUUAGUGAAAUAUUUUUUCGAUAUCAAUUCAAUUCCAAGGCGAUACUUUUUUGAAUUAUUGUCAUAUUUUUCCACUGACGAACUGGAACAGGAAAAGCUGCAAGAAUUUGCAUCACCUGAAGGACAGGAAGAUAGAUAUUCUUACUGCAACAGACCCAGGCGAACGAUAUUAGAGGUGUUGCAGGAUUUUCCAAAUUCAGCUCCUCAUGUACCAUUUGAGUAUUUAUUCGAUUUAAUCCCACCAAUUCAAGCGAGAGCCUUUUCUAUUGCCUCUUCAUUAAAAAUGUAUCCGGAUGAGAUCCAUAUCUUGAUGGCAGUAGUAAAAUAUAAAACGAAACUACAAAAACCAAGACAGGGACUAUGCUCCACUUGGUUGGCGUCGCUAAAUCCUAGUAAAGAAUCAACAAAAAUUCCAUUAUGGACUAGGAAAGGAACAAUAACUUUCCCAAAGACACCCACAUCGAUAAUUCUUAUCGGCCCUGGAACCGGGGCUGCACCUUUUAGAAGUGUAAUUCAAGAUAGAGUCAUAGACGGAAUUAAGGGCAAAACAGUAUUCUUUUUUGGUUGCCGCAAUCAGAAAAAGGACUUUUUUUGUGCUGAUGAAUGGCAUGAUUUUCAAAAUAAAGGAUUUGUGACUAUCUUUACUGCAUUUUCACGAGAUCAAGAGAGUAAAGUUUACGUGCAACAUAAAAUGUUGGCAAAUGGUCAAUUGGCUUUUAAGAAUAUAUAUGAAGAUAGAGCCUACAUAUAUGUAGCUGGUAACUCAAAGAGAAUGCCAACUGAUGUCACGGACACUUUGGUAGCGAUUGUAAAGAAAUAUGGAAAUAAAUCUGAAUCAGAAGCUGAAGAAUAUAUUCGAAAUCUGCAACAAAGUAAGAGACUCCAAAUGGAUACUUGGUCAUAA